AAACGCCGCGUAUAGUACAACAAAAUUACUACGAGUACAGUAAUUUUAUUUUAUUUUAUCUGUUUGUCUGUGGUUAUGGCGUCCUACCAUCACGUCUCAGCCACAAGUAUCCCAUCUCAGAAUCUUGGAUAACAGGCAGUCGAGUCAGUCGACCACACUUGGAUUCUUUGGAAAACGUGAUUGUUGUAAAGCAAGCUGCAAGUACUUUGCAACUGCAGUAGAUUAUAGGUACAGCAGCUACUUCUGCUGUAGUAAACCGAACGUUAAUCGGGAUUUGAAUUUGCAACACGUUGGUAUCCCAUUUUCGCCACGUGAUCAGGGAUUUUGCUGAAUCAUCUGGAAAUGUUAAUCUGCUGGCAGGUCGGAGUCGGAGCACUGAUAAUAGCGCCGAUGUGGUGUCAAUUUGAUAUUUGUUGAUAAAUUAUACUGUGAUCCCAUUCCCGUUUGACUGCUACAAAGUAGAGGUUUGCUGCCAGUAGAGUGUUGAACAUGGAUCCUUUGCCGAGUACGCAAGUUGACCAGGUUACGGCCGAAAUGGUGGAUCUGACGCAGAAACAGAUGCUGACGCCGGCAGAAGUGCAGCUCCGCGAGGUAUUGCGAGCCGAUUUGGAAAUGGAGCUGCGCUAUGUCUUUCAAGCCUGCCACUUGUAUUUGUACGGUUCCUCGGUGAACACCUUCGGCUGCCAUGGCUGCGAUAUGGAUCUCUAUCUGGAUCUGCAUUUGCCCCUUCCCGGAGAAAGAAUCAUGCGGCCGCCUGUUGCCAACGUUUUGAAUCAGUUGUCGAAACGGAAAGGAAUGGAGUUUUUCGGACGUAUUCUGGAAGGCCGAGCACCAUUGCUUUCACCAGUGGAUUUGUGUUUCGUAACCGAAGAUAAAGUCACAAUGCAUUUAGCCACAAUCCUCAAUUUUUCGGGAUAUUACGACGUUGUGCCAAUUCCCCAUGCGCGGACGCCAAUUGUUAAGAUGCUGCACAGGCCAUCCGGAUUGAGUGUGGAUAUUUCCUUCACCGGACGAGGUUUGGUUCUACGUAAUACGGGUCUAUUGCGGCAUUACAGCAGUCUGGACUGGCGUGUCCGUCCACUCGUGUUCACUGUGCGCCGCUGGAUAGCAGAUAAACAGUUGGAUGGCCCCGCAGGACUGACCAGCUACUGUGUAACAAUGCUGGUUAUGUUUUUUCUUUGUGAUCAAAUCCCUGGUAUAUUUCCCACGCCUGAUGCCCUUCUAGCGACUCAUCGGCCUACAGCGCACGAUCCGACGCCUGCGGAAAGUGUGCAGGGACGAAAAAUGGAGAGGAGAAAAAAUUCUAGAGACAUCCAAGGAGCCACUUGCUCAGAGUUACUGCUUCGAUUUUUCCAGUUUUAUUCCGACAUCAAUUUUGCACAAUGUGUUAUCGAGAUAAAAUCGGGAAAAAUCCUUCUUCCCGAAGAUUUUCGCGGGCCGAAUGAUUUUAAGUGGGCCUACAUCAACGUACAGGAUCCUUUCGAUUUAAGCCACAAUAUUGCCAAAUCGGUGGAUUUUUUCACCUUUAUGUCUUUUCACGAUGAGAUGAAAAGAGCUAUCCAGAUCUUGACCAGCCCAGCUCCCUCAUUGACCAGACUGCUGACACGAGUUCAUCCGGUAGUGGCUGCGCCCGAAGUGCCGCAGGCCCGAAGCAAGUUUGUCCGCGAUCAUGUGGAGCAUAGAGAUCUCUCUUGGAAUUAUUACUGCUUGUCGCGCUCCAAAUGUCCAGAUGCGGACCUUAUCGUGGAUUAUUUGGGUAACAAAGUGAAGAUCUGUAGAAAUAUUUUGGAGGAUUUCUUCAAGUGGGAAAUUGUAGAACGAGACAUUUCUGACAAUUAUGGCUCUGAUGUGAGUCUUCCGGAUUCUUUCGAAGUUUAUGCGGUGUACGACUGUAAAGCAACAAACUCUUCCUGGACAGCGCGUGACAAAUCACGGCUGAUAAACGACAACCGGUUGAAAGGAGUUCCGGAAAAGCUGCAAAAAUGGGUUAUGGAAAUGUUGGUGGGACAAGCUCUCCACGAGAAAAGUAACGGCCAGUUCGAACUGGAGUUCUCGAUUGUUCUCAUAAAUCAUUUUGUGGAUUGGCAUUCGCUGUACAUGGGAGUGCUUUUCAAAGCCGACAGCCCAAAAUCUCGGGACCUCGCCAAAUACAUUCAGAAGAAUAUUCCCAAGUUGUUUGGGAACAAUCUGUUCGGUGCUUUCACCGUGGAAGAUAUGGAGGCAGCACGAGACUUUUUUCAUCGUCUCCAGAAUGGCGAAUCGUUCUACGUUAAUCCACCUCCCGCUCAGUCGAAGUCUUCCGAAUCGAAAGAGGAAAAUGGCAGUGCGCCUCCCGAUUUGAAAUCCAGCGAAAGUGAGCCGGAUAUCGUAAUGCAGUCAGAGAUUGAGAUUAUUGCGAAAGGUCAUGAUACUAAGGAUGUUAAAGAAACUUUGAGGAAUGAGGACCGGUCUCCAUCAAGCAGCGACUCAAGCGGCCAGGAGAUUGCAAGUGACUCUACGCAGAAAACAGUUGAUGUUCUUGCUCGACUAAAUGACAGAGCAUCAGUUGGUCCGUUGGAGAAUGAUUUUAAAGUUUCCACGUAUACUUGUGUUCCGCUGCGCGUGCGAGAUUUGCCGCUGACAUACUUCUUUCGGGAAUCAGUGCCUGGUGUGUUUGCAAUGCUGGAGGAUUAUUACUGCUGCGAGCGGCUGAAUUAUACCGCUAAGCAUAUGAAAAAUGCAAUCAACUUCCAUAAUGCUGGACAGUGGUACACAGUAAAGUAUGCUACUUGGAGGAACCGUGUGGAAAUAGGAAAAUCAUUAGGCCGAGAUGGCGGUGGUGAUGCUCCAGAAGGCAGAAAAUGGGAGCAGGAAAAACUGAUUGGCCAGCUGAUUCGCGAAUCGCCUUCCGCGGUCAUCCAGCCGUUCCGGUUCUUUGUGAAAAUCAACGAUACCAAAUCCAACAAAGUUACCGACGAUAUUCGUCUGCGUUUCAUACCGAUGGACUCAACGCCAGACUGUUUAGAGUUUAUGGCGUUUAUUCGUGGUCGAAUAGUGGGAGAUUUGAGGGAUGCCCUCGAGAAAGGAUACCGUUUUGUCGAAUUAUCGCAGUUGGCAGGAGGAAAGCCGUUGCGUUCGUACUGACCCUGAAGUGGCCCGUGAUUUUGAACAAUUUUGAACAUUUUUAAUUUUUGCACAAUAGAUUUUGUUGAAUGUUUUCUGUGUUGUACAAUAUUGCAUGCUUCAGCUAUGAUGAAUAUGUGCUUCGAAGGUUAAAACUGCAAAUUUUUAUAAUUUUUGUAAUCGAAACUCUGUCAGCCAUUUUUUAUGCUUGUUUACACUGUACAGUAAUUAUUUGUACGUAUUUCAGCGAAAAAUUAUUGAACGUGGUAUGUACUGAGUAUGAUCAGUUUGCGAAGCGACUUAUCACCUGCUG